ACAGGACAGGGACGGGGACAGGACAAGGACAGGGACAGAGGGCCAAAGACAGGUUUUAGAGUUGAAAAUCCCCAAGUGUUUUCUUUUUUUUCUUUUGACUCACAACACCAGUGUGGAUCGUGUCGGGAUCAUGAAAUGUCGGUAACGAAGAGCGAACCAGAUCGGAAACUUUUACAUUAAAACGCAACACUUCCUGGAAAGCAAGUUGUUGUUGUGGUUGUUGUUGUUGAGGUUUUUUUUUUGGCCUCCCAUCAUUUCCCUUGGCGUCAGGAUUGUUCCCAGUGCCUGGAAGAAACGAUUUUUUUUUGCCAUUUUUUAUUCUUUUUUUAAAGUGUGUAUAUAAAUGUUUGGAGCCCUCGACAGUCAGGCGACAAUCUGAGCAGUCAGAUCAGACUCACUCCGGAUGCUCUGGCCAUGGAGUUUGGAUCGUGGGCUUUGCACAGGUUCUUCUGUGUCCUGGUCUCGAUCUUCAUGGGAGGAGUGUCUGGUUUGCAAAUUCUCACAACUCCCCCGAUGGAUUGCUCACAGGAGAGCCUGAAUUGCAGCAUCAAAAUCUCUGGCUGCUUGGAUCAUAGUUGGCUAACGCCUUUCAAAUGGACACCUUCUUCUCCCAAGGAAGUGAUGGUCAAUGUGUCCAUCCAAGAGAGCGAACCUGGAAUUUUCAUUCCUGUGUUGUUAAUCAAAUGGAAACUGGGAACAGAUGCAAGCAUACGGAGCUAUCAAGGUGUGCAGGUUUCUGUGCAGCGACAGAGUGACUCACACAGGUCAUGUCUUCAGUAUCGCUUCAGAAACAGAAUUAAAAGCCAACUCAAUCCACAACGGGAGAAGUGGUCCUUCUCAUUGGAGAGGUUUGUGGUGGAGCCGGAGUACACUUACCUAGUGGACGUGUACAGUUUACCCAGAAGAAAUAUCAACGAGUAUCCCGAUCAAGGCAGCAUGAUGUUUGUUGUGCCCGGUUGCAAGGAUGGCCUCAUGAAAAGAACAGAGCUCUGCAAAAGAAGAGGGAGUAUGUGGGAGCCCAACAUCACGCACAGCCAACACGGGACGAGGCUCAGCUUCUCCUUCUGGACAGGAAACUAUUCACAGAAUUACACUGUCUUUUUGAGGAGCCACAGUUCACUGGGGUUCGUCUGCAACAACGAACAGCAAACUAUCACAGAGGAACCAGGACGAAGAGUGAAUGUGACAUUUUUUACUCAAGAAUGGAUGUCAAGCUGCUGUCACUAUAGCAUUUCGAUCCAACCGUUUUUCGUUGACUGUUACAAUGACUGUGUGCGACAUCAGAGGGACAUCCCGUGCCCAGAAAAAACAGGGUUACCACCGUUAGCAACUGCAGAGCCAAGCUCUGAGAUCUCUGAAACCAGUAUUGGAAUCACCAUCGGCAUAGUCACGGUCACUAUUGUGUUGCUGGGUGUCUUCCUCUUUGUGGUUUGGGUACAGAUGAAAUGUAGAACUAAAAUCCCAUUGCCUGACAUAUCAACAGGUGGCAAGAAAAGCAUCGCCUCUGAGGACACAGGACGGCCACAGGUCGUGAAGAGAGUUUUGAUCGUGUACUCAUUGGACCAUGUGCUGUACAAGGACAUUGUGCUGGCUUUUGCAGAGUUCCUGCUGACGGUGUGCGGUACCGAGGUCAUCUUGGACCUUCUCCAGACCAACACUAUCUCGGAGGUCGGGCACCUCAACUGGUUGGCGCAGCACAAGAAAACAUCCGACAAGAUUAUCAUCCUGUGCUCGCGGGGCACUCGAGCCAAGUGGACAGCGAUGCUGGGGACCGAGCAGAGCCAGGUGCUGCUGAGGGGGGACGAGCGCUCGCCCAUGCGCGACAUGUUCACUCCCGCCAUGAACCUCAUUGUGCCCGAUUUCAAGAAGCCGGCGUCCUUCGGGAAAUACAUUGUUGCCUAUUUUGAUGGGAUCAGCGAGGACGGCGACGUUCCCGAUCCCUUCAACGUGGGGGUGAAGUACAAGCUGAUGAAGCAGUUCGAGGAGAUACACUUCCGAGUGCAGGAUCUGGAGAAGUACGAGCCAGGAAAGACCUACCAGGUGCCAGGAAUAACAUCGGACGACUACCAUAAACAUCCGUCUGGUGAAAGGCUGAGGAAUGCCAUUCGAAAGUUUCAGAGGUAUCAGAUGGAGCAGCCGGACUGGUUUGAAAAGGAAUGUUUGCUCUCUGCGGAGGAGGCAGGAGCUGAGGAGGAGGAGGAGUGCGACCGAGAGCUCGGUGACGACCCGUCGUCCAUCAGACAGAACGUUCUGCUCUUGGAGCUGCAAGACGCAGCGGGCUGCUGUGUGAACCAAUUGCAAGUGGCCGAUUCCAGCCACCCAACUUUUGUGAGAUGCCUGCCGACACUCGAGUGCAGAGCCCAGAUCACUGGCGUGUCGCAGAAUGUGAUUGGAAUGGACGGCGUGGAGAGCCCCGCACUCGGCCAGACUUACAUCAGGGAGCCCAUCUGCUGCACCCCUGUGUCCGAGUGCAACCAGAGAGUGUUGCUUUCUUCUAGCUUAGAUUCCCCUCACGAGGAGGACCCUCUGCUGGCCGCGGGGCGGGUGAUGAGAAAUGAAAUUGUGCAGCAGGCCUCGGGCCACGCCGCGGAAGAUCACUGUGUGAGGAACGAUGUUGGCUGCCCAGCGCCUGCCCAGAGCGAUGCCAGGCAGAGAUUGGCAGAGCUACAGCAGGCGCUGCUCCUGCAGGGCUUGGGGUAUUCCCAGAUCCCAGCCCCUGAGCCGCAUCAUCUCCCUGAGUCUGCACCAUUCAUCCUUCUCCCUGCCAAAGAGGAGUCUGUGGAGUCGGAUCAGGGCUACUGCUCCAAGCUCUACCUCUCGGCGGAGGAGCUUCACUCGGGAAGAGCGAGCGUCUUGCCUGAUGCCCUGAAGGAGUUGGAAAUGUUGCAAAUUGGAUUGCUUCAGGAAAGUAUGGAGACAGCGGAUUAGAAAGUGUGAGCACGACAAUAAUUGAUCAUGAAACGUUUUAGACCUAAUAAUUUAAUCGCUGUAAAUUACUUCCAGGAACAUGUUGCAUCGUUAUUUCAAUUCAGAAAAUCACUUGCUUUUUAAUCUGUAGUUUGCCUGUCAGUAUUGACAGAGAACAUGACCUUAGGCCGCUACUGAACAGUACGGUUCCCGUACGAAGCUUUAGCACAGACUGUGACCGAUAGAGUUCUUUAUGGAUAGCACCAUUGAGAAACAUUCAGUGGAUCCAGGAUGAAUCGAGCACAUUGCUAUUCUUGCCCAACGGGGGAUCAGAAGAAAGGAUUUUCAGUUAACGGAGGGCUUCGCUCUGGCUCCUUCGGAAAAACAGACAUGGUGAUCCGGGGGCAACACAGACAUAUUUGGGAUUCCCACAUGUUACUUCAAAACAACACCAAUGCACUGGACUGGCUUGUGGUGAUAAGUGACCAGGGUUCCUUCUAGCGUGUGUGUCUCCAGGAUCGCUUUGAGAGUCUUGCAGAACGAAACCCAUUUCCAUUGAAGAUAUUAUUGGGACAUGAGGUCCAGACUUCUUAAAGAACUGAAGAGGUCAGCUCUCUGCAGAGAAUUUCUGGAUAAAGUAAAACUCAACUGUUCAGACUGAGAAGGUCUCUGACCUGAUCGCUGACUGUAGUAAGCUACUGGGACACUACAAUCAGCCUCGGUCCCCCUGUGCUGCGAAAAGAGGGGUGAUUGAGUUCAAUUCCCGGCAGGGCAAAUUGUUGGGCACGCUUCCUUACUCUACACACCUGUGUUUACC